AUGACAUCAUUUUCUUUAACUAAAUCAAAUCCUACUAUUGUAAAAACUUUAACAGGUGAAGAUAAAAUAAUUUACGUAGAAUUUAAAGUACCAGAAUAUAAUAGAGAUGCAUCUUUUAGUUUUGUAAAAUAUUCUUAUAUUGCAAAUUCAGAGAAUCCAAAUAUUGAUAAAGGAUGGACUAUUUAUAGAAAUGAUAAAAGUUUUUUAAAAAUUGGAAAAGGAUAUGUUAUUGUUAAAGGGAAAUAUUGUGGUAUUUGUUCAACUGAUUUGGCCAGACGAUUUCUCCCUUUCGAAUUACCUCAGAUUAUCGGACAUGAAGCUGUUGCUAUAUAUCAAUCUAAACCUGUUGUGAUAGAAAUUAAUGCAUCACAUUUUGCUCGUGGAAUUAAUGAUGAGGAUCAUUGUCUUUACUGUAAAAAUGGGAUGUCUACUCAAUGUCCAGAUCGUAUAACUUUGGGAAUAAAUCAAUUACCUGGUGGUUUGGCGCCUUAUAUCCUUGCACCUAUUAAUGCCAUCGUACCGAUUCCUGAUAAUUUAAGUUUGAAAGAAGCAAUAUUAACAGAACCUUUUGCUGCAGCUUUACAUGCUGUUGAAACAACGCCACCAAAUAAUGGGCAGAAAGUUGCUGUUUUGGGACCUCAUUAUCGGAAAAAACAUAACCUUGACUUUACUACAACUGCAAUUUUUCAUAAAGAUCCACCAUUACCAACACUUUAUAAUCUUGCACAACAAUUAGGAGUACAAAUAACUUCGACAUCAUCUUUACUUCCAGAUCAAAAAUUUGAUAUAAUCUUUGAUGCUACAGGUUCUCCAAAAGGUUUUUUACACUCAUUAAAAUUAUGUAAAAAAAUUCUUCAUUUGAAAUCAACUCAUGGACAGGAAGUUUGUGGAUUAAAACAAAUGACAGCUUUUGUGGUAGAAGAAUUCUCAUUAUUAAAAUUUGAACCAAAAAGUUUAGAGUUUAGUUGGCCUGAAGAAAUUUUAGGAAAACGUAAAAAUCAUAAUGUUUAUGUUAACCCAUCAGUUGAUGAAAAUAUUAUUUCAUUAAUUAAAAAUACUGGACGAAAUGUAAUAGUUAUGGAAAUUGAAUAUGCUUUAGAAUAUGUUAAACAAUGGAUUAAACAAUCAAAAUCAGGAAAUAUUAAGGAUGAAAAUUUAAAAAAGUCACCA